AUGAUCGGCGAACUCUGUGGCAUACCCCCGAACCAUUCGUAUUUCGUGGGAAUAAUCACUGUUGAGAACCAGAAGAUAUCCGAAGACCGGAACAACGUGACAACGUCGAGCCAGGCCGACCGGCCUCCCUCUCUUUCAUUUGCCCUCCGCGAAACAAUACACACACACAUAAAAAUUGUAAAUAGCAUUCUCUGGACAUCAGGUAAUGUACUGAAUCUGUACCUAUAUGGUAUUAGACUAUAA